CUCGGGUCCCAGCAUGCCAUGAACCUGCUGGCAGUAUGUCUGAGCACUGCUGAGAGGGCAGACACACUGUGCGUUAAAAGCUAUCUGUAUUGUGUUUUUAGUUGUAGAAAACAGUUAUUUAUCAUACAGUUGCUGUGUGAACCAAACUUGUAGGGCUUGGUCAAAGAUUUGCGUGCUCGUCAGGGAGGAAUGCGUCGGCACCACCUGCGUCGGUAAAACAGAAGAGAAAGACAACAACGUCGCGUCACCAUGGAUGGCUUGAGUGGUGCCCGAGUUUCGACAAACCGCAGGCUGUCUGUGGGGACAGUCUCCCCGGCUGAAAGCACUCCUGCGGGUAAAGUUUUAACCCACAGUCCCGUGAAAAAGCAAGCCGUGAAGAGACACCACCACAAACACAACCUGAAACACAGGUACGAGUUCCUGGAGACCCUGGGGAAAGGAACAUAUGGCAAGGUGAAGAAAGCCAAGGAAAGAUCUGGUAGACUGGUUGCCAUUAAGUCAAUCAGAAAGGAGAAGAUUAGGGAUGAGCAAGACCUGGUUCAUAUUCGCAGAGAGAUUGAGAUCAUGUCCACACUCUGCCAUCCGCACAUCAUCACCAUAUAUGAAGUAUUUGAAAACAAGGACAAAAUUGUGAUCGUGAUGGAGUAUGCCAGCCGAGGGGACCUUUAUGACUACAUCUGUGACAAGAGGAACAUCUCUGAACGGGAGGCCAGGCACUUCUUCAGACAGAUUGUGUCAGCUGUGCAUUACUGCCAUCAGAAUGGAAUAGUUCACCGGGACCUGAAACUGGAGAAUAUUUUACUAGAUGGCAACGGCAAUGUGAAGAUUGCUGACUUUGGCCUGUCUAACCUCUACCAUGGUGAUGAGUACCUGCAAACAUUUUGCGGCAGCCCUCUGUAUGCUUCGCCAGAGAUUGUCAAUGGACGUCCUUACCGUGGGCCAGAGGUAGACACUUGGUCUCUUGGCGUGCUGUUAUACACCAUGGUUCAUGGCACCAUGCCGUUUGAUGGACACAAUCAUAAGGCAUUGGUUCAGCAAAUCAGCACAGGAAACUACCGGAAACCCAACCACCCCUCUGAUGCAUGUGGGCUUAUCCGUUGGAUGCUUAUGGUAAAUCCUGAGCGCAGAGCCACAAUAGAGGAGAUUGCAGGACACUGGUGGCUCAACUGGGGCUACCAGCAGCCAAUACUGUGUGAGAAAAAGAGCAGUCCAGUAGACCAGGCUCCUUCGCCAGCCUCUCCAUCAUCACCACACCCUGCCGGGCUGGCUAGUGUUGCUAGUUGGCUGCGCCGUACAUCCAGGCCGUUACUGGAGAAUGGCUCCAAGAUGCGCUGUCUGCUGCGCUCGCAGGGAGGGGGAGGGGAUGUGGUCCGACAGCGUUCUCUGCGAAGGUCACGUAAGGAAAACAAUGUCUCUCAGACUGUUCAUGAAUCAAGCACAGACAGUCACCCCUCCAAGAGUAUUUUAAAGAGACGCAACAGUGUGAAGCAGAAGGCAAUGAGUGAAACCUCCACUGUGAGUUCAGUGGAGCCGCAGAACAUUUUGGGUUUGUCUACACCAGCCAAUAUCCCACCAGCUGCACAGCAGCCUCGUAAAGGUAUCCUGAAGAAAUCAACAGAGCAAGAGUCAGGCUACUAUUCAUCCUCUCCCGAGAAUAGUGACUCUGGCUGGGCACCACGUCCUAAAGAGUGCCCUUCAGCACCACCCUACAGGAAAGGCAUCUUAAAGCGCAACGGAAAGUUCUCCUCUGGUUGCCUGCAGGAGUUUGGCUCUCUGGACCAGCUGGCAACUUCUUUACCCCGCGGAGGAACCAGGUCAAGACCAAGCGGGGCCAUCAGUGAGGACAGCAUUCUGUCUUCUGAGUCCUUUGACCAGCUUGAUCUUCCCGACCGCGUUGGCCCCCCGAUACAAAUGGAUGAACCAGCAAAGCCUAGCAUGAGAGGAUGUGUCUCUGCUGACAACCUUCUUGACAUCUGUGACGACGGUAUUCUUCGGGAAGGGUCGCUAAGGCCGUGGAACUGCUACGAGUCUGGGGUGGCUGACAGUGCCUUUUCCAUCACAGACUGUGAUAAUGUAACAGAAGCCUACAAACAGGCCAUGGUCAUACGGGGAUCUGGAGCAAGCUGAAGAUUUGCUCUAAGUUAAGGACUCCGGUUGAAGACUUGUUUUUCAUUCCAGAUAUUGAGAGAACUGUUAACUACUGAUGACAUGGUAGCCAAAGUGCAUUAUAUGAAAUAACCAGCAGACUGUGGUGACAAAUACUUUGGCUGACUUCAGGACUGUGCAGAACCAAAAAGGGAGGAGGCUUCUUGUGAAACACCGCAUUGUGGCUUAGAUGGUGAUUAAUUAUUCUUGCUCAAUUUAGCUGGGAAUAUGACUUCUUGUAAAACAGGCUAAAAUAUCCAGAUUGCACAUUAUUUUUAAGAAAAUUACUACGACAGUGCAUUUCAGAGAUUCUCAGGAGAUAAAAGCUGCUUUCAGUCAAUCAGCUCUAAAAUAUAAAACAUGAAAGCUCAAUUUCAAAAGUGUAGUUAAUGCAAAAAGUCAUCAUGAAACCAAAACACUGGUCUUGGGCAUUGAAAGUAAUUGUGUUAUCAGUUUGCUCGUUAAAACAUAAACUGACACUGCUUUCACUCAAAGGACUAUUGUUUAAAUAUUGCAUAAGGAACAAAGCCAGGAACUUUCACUGUUGAUAAGACAGUCUGAGAAAGCGUUUAUGACAUAACAGCUCCUGGAUUCUUGCUUUGUCAGAGCAGAUCAUUUAUUAACUUUAUAUGCAUUUAGGAUUACCGCAAUAAUGCACAGUUUUAAUUCUUGGAUGUGUUCACACUUUGACUUCAGGAUGUGGAUUAAUGAUAUUUCAUGGAUACCAAAGACCAAAUGUGCUUAUGCUGAACUUUUGUUUCUUUUUGUAAUUGUGAGCAAAAAGUGCCAAUGUGAAUUUUGUUGGAAACAGGGACAUCAACUCUCAAAGAGUUUUUUUUUAUAACGAAUGUUUUUUUCCUAGCGAAGGCUUGUUCUAAUUUUGGAUAAUGACUUGAAUAAUAACUUUAAAACACAACUCACAUCAGGCAAAACCAGUAAAGCCUGCUUUUGUUUUGUAACAAGGUGAUGCAGGCGCCCAGGUGACCAUUCUCUUUGUAUGCAGGUGGUAGUCUCACAAUAAAGGUGGAGCUCGUUCACUUUAAAGCUUUGUGAAGGUCACAUGUGGAAAUUUGAAAACCAGCGUGUUUUGAAAGUAAACAAUAAGCCCAAGUGAAUACUGCCUGCUGUGUUUUAUGAGGCGCACACCUGCUUAAUAUGUAACCUCUCAGGUGAAUUUUCAAAAUCAGUCAUGGGGCUUAGAGGUGUUAAACGUGGCAUUUUAAUUGAAAUCAUCUACAUAACUGGAGUGAAAUAGUAUUUAACACAGCCGGAUUGUUUCACCCUGGGUGCCCAAAUUGUAAAUGAAAUUUAAAGGAAAACGAAAAAUAGGAAUACUGAUGUUAAUAAUUGAUUAAGUAUGACAAGAACAUGUGUACCAUUUGUGUAUAUAUAUUUGGUUGAUUUCCUAAUCCUGCUAAAUGAAAUACCUCCUGCUGGUCAGAGACGGGUACAUCUGUAUGUUGUGUGAUACUUCAUGCUGCACUAUGAGGUUCCUUAAUUGGAUUGGCAUGCUUGGCAUUACAUUACAGCAUCAAGCUAGUGCUUGGGGAGAGUACUUUAUCGAAACUUGAUGAGCAUAACAUUUUGUCAUCAGCUGUAAUUAGCAUUGAGGUUUGUAAGAAGAGUUUCACUUGACAAGAGACUGCCAAAUAAUGCUGUUUGUGACUGGAAUUAAUUUUUGUUGGCACUCUGUCUGUAUUCAGCAGUUAAAGGCUUGUUUUGUGUACAGGGAUCAUUUUCUGAUUUCAACUGGAAGUUCUCGUCAUUUCUAAUCUGUCAUGGACUACUGAUCAUGUUUGUCACACAGAGGGAAUAAUGCAGUAAUCCUUUUGGAACAUACGUCUAAGAUUAUAUUGGUUUCAUGUUUUUGAAAACAUAAUGUGCAUUUUUGGUAUUUCAUAUAUUUUUUCUACAUCUUGUCCAGUAAGCUGCAGGUGUGCUGGCUCUAUUGAUGUUUUUGCUUCUUUGACAGCACCUGAAACCAUGGUUGCCAAAGUGACUGGCUUAAUAUUUCUAUAACUGUGGGAUUUUGCCAUGCUGUUGUGUGACUGGGAAGUAAAUCAAUAAAAAAACAACCAAAACUUAA